AUGCCCACUACGUGCAUGCUCAUCUACAUGAAUGGCAGGGCUUGGAUCCUCAUGCAGGGCAACACUUGUUUGAAGAGCUCUUCCCCACUCUGUGCCACUGGAUUCAAGGUGUCAGGCUGCAUUCAGGAGUUUGGGGUACCUGACGUGCAGGAGGCCCAAGAUGCCAAGAUUCGAGAGAAAAAUGUGCCUCCGGUGCCCUCAUCAGCCGCUGGCCAGGGGCACCUAAUGAAGAGUAAGGGGCACCAGGAAGCCCCCAAAAGUGAAAGGCUCUCGCUGGAAGCUGUUGCUACAGCGACGAGGCCCGGCUUGACGAUGGACCGAAUACGGGGUCCGGUCUCAAAGAGCAAAGCAAAGACAUUCCAAAUCCCUUGUCAAAGGGAGCCCGGCCCGCUUCAGUCCCGGGCAGAGCGGGUUCCGAGCAGUAGCCCCGAGGAAGCCUGCACCAAAGCUGUCACGCUCGGGAAGCGUGACACAUCGAGAGGUGAUGAGAAAGCAGAUAUUGCAGGGGCUUUGGGGAACACCUCUCAUAUUUUAACUUCUGUACCUCUGUCAGUCAUCGAUGACUGCCCCCCUUUGCCGGCCCCUUUUGAACACCGCAUUGUGAGUGCCAGGGAGCUUCCAGUGGGCUCCUACUACACUGUCAACUCAACCGUGCUGGGAGGGGGGCGCUUUGGUCGGGUUCACAAGUGUGCCGAGCGCUCCUCAGGCCUGAUGCUGGCUGCCAAGUUCAUAAGAGUGCAAGGUGCCAAGCACAGGGAUGAGCUUAAGAAUGAGAUUGGUGUUAUGAACCAGUUAAACCACAUCAAUCUGGUUAAGCUCUAUGAUGCAUUUGAGUCUCGGAACAACCUGACCCUCAUCAUGGAAUAUUUGGAUGGCGGUGAGCUGUUCGAUCGAAUCACGGACGAGAGAUACCAGCUGACGGAGAUGGAUGCCAUUGUGUUUACGAGGCAGAUCUGUGAAGGGGUGCGGUACCUCCACCAGCACUACAUUCUCCAUCUAGACCUUAAGCCAGAAAAUAUAGUGUGUGUCAAUAACACCGGAAAUCAGAUAAAAAUAAUUGACUUUGGACUUGCCAGAAAAUACAGGCCACGAGAGAAGCUGCGUGUGAACUUUGGCACACCGGAAUUUUUAGCUCCUGAGAUAGUCAGGUAUGAAUUUGUCUCCUUCCCAACUGACAUGUGGAGCGUCGGGGUCAUCACAUAUAUGCUUCUCAGCGGCCUGUCCCCUUUCCUGGGGGAGAGCGACACCGAGACCAUGAACAACAUCAUCAGCUCCACGUGGGACUUUGACAGCGAGGCUUUCGAGAAUGUCUCUGUCGAGGCCAAAGACUUUGUCUCCCAGCUGCUUGUCCCACAGACAUGUGGCCGCAUGAGCGCCGCCGCCUCCACCAGGCAUAGCUGGAUCAACAGCCUGGAGAAAAAGGCAUCGAUGCUGAAGGUUCGCCUCAAGUCACAGCUCCACCUCCAGCGCUACCUGGUGGCCCGCAGGCAGUGGAAGAAACACUUCCUGGUGGUCACGGCGGCCAACAGGCUGAAGAACUUUUGCCAGAGCAAGCCUGAGGGCCCGACGUAGAGGCAGAAUAAGGGCUCG